AUGUCGCAUCCUCCUCUCCAUACUCCGCCAACACCGCCGCAUUUUGGUCUCGGUGACCAGGGUUUCCCAGAACGCUCUGCUCGAGAUCGACUGCGUAUUACAGAGAGCCCAAACACUUCUAGCCUGAAUAGCCACUACGCUGGGGGCAACAAUACCACGGAUACUUUGGGCCAUAGUAAUAAUAUUCAUCCUACUUCCCCGGACAUUUAUGCUCUGCAGGUAAAUUUGCAAGGUGAAGCACGGACUGUCUACACUCAUCAAGGAUACCCGUCCUCGCCUAGAAGACUGCCACUACCAUCCCAACAUCCCCAGCGCGACAACUUGAUCACGCAUCAGGACUUUGAUCGUGAGAUUAACACCGGUAACGGCAGUAGUGGCAACUACGGCGGUGGAGGUCGCAUCACACAUCAACAGGUCUCAUUUACUCACCCCCCAAAAUCCCCGUACCUCUCUUCCCCGUAUAACCACCACCACAACCAUUAUAGUCUACAAUCCGCCACCCCUUCCAGGACCCCGCAAGAUCAGUUGGAGAGAUUACAACCCGAGGCAUCGGGUGUAUCGGGCGGCUCUUUGGGUCCUUUGGGCAGCGAUCCUUCUCACCGCUACGAUACAGCAUCCUCCUCACCCUAUUCUGUUUCGAGGUCUUUGUCUGGAGGCUCUAGUAACUCCGUGCAUGGCACGAGUAGAGAUAGAGGACAACCCCUACUUUCGGUCCCUGAAACUUCUAGCAGUGCGACUGCAACUCCUGCCGCUUCUCCCUCCAUGUCGUCCGCAAGCUUUCCACGCUCCAUUCCGCGAACUUCUUCCAUAGAUUCCGCUAUCUCAUCCGUGUCCGCCCAGUCAGGAGCUAACCAUACAACCAAAGAUGGAAGUCACAACUCGGCAAGAGAUAUCAACCCAACACCGGCCGAGAUCCAGUCCUUGAUCCAAACGGCUGGGUCGGCCGAGUCGCUGAUUGCAUAUAUGAUGAAGGAGAAGGCUUCCGCGGCCUCGCAGAACGCGCAAUUGUGGAAACUGGUGGACAAGCAGAGAGCUAUGAUUUACGGCCUGAACAAGGACCUGGAACGUGCACUGAGGGAUAAAGAAAAGUACAGGAAGGCGCUCAAGGAGCAGAGGGGUCAACCUCAACCGCUACCUACGUCGUCAAUGGGCCCGUCGAGAAUAUCCAACGAAUCGCCUGUGCCGAGUGAGAGUGCCACUGGCGAUUCGCCACGGGAUAGCCAACCAAAAGCGAAUCCCCUCAUUAGAUCGGAAUCCAUGCCCCUUCCUGAACCCUCGAGGUCCGAUUCGAGCUCGGUCCAGGGCGGUUUGAUGGCUCCCUAUCCGCCUACGCCCCCACUGGGCCAGGAGAUGGAUGGGCCGGCAAACUCUAUGGGCGAUCGCCCGCCCUCGUCCACCAAUCACGGGCCGAGGGGCCCUAAUGGAAACAAGUAUCCCGAUCAGAGUCUUGGAGGUCAAGGUAGUUUACGGUCUGGAAAUUCUCUGCCGCCAAUGAAAGGGCCAGCUGAGGAGGGACCUGCCUCGUUGAGCAAAUUGGAUAAUGUAUACCCAACUGCGGGCACUGGAACGGCAAAGGGGCCUAUCCCUCUACGAAUGAAACUUGGUAUCUCAACGACCGUUGCCCCGGCAUCGGGGCUUGGGAAAUCGCCGCUUCGAAAGGCGCCCCCCGCUCCGCUGUCAUUAGCGUUACAUUCGGAAUCUAAACUACAUGAUGACACUGACGAAGACGACAAUGUUUCGAUAGACGAGAUUGCGGGCUAUCAACAGCUUUCCUCCCAGAGAUCAAAAGAACCGGAGGAGAAGGGAUCCGAUAGUGAUAGCGAAAAGAGUUGGCAACAUACACCGGUGGAUAAGAAGGCUCCUUCUGAUUUCUUGUCCCCCGAAAUCGAAGUGCACAAGGGUGUAUCGCCUGCGCGACCAGCCCCUAGUCCCCGACCUCAGGAAAAGCAAGCCUCACCUCCUUCAACCCUACGAAAACAUAAUGAAGGACUAUUAUCACCUGCUGCGCCAGGGGUUGAGAAACAGUCCGCAGUUUCCCCCGGUAUCAGACAGCAGUUCGCUAGAGCUCCGUUACCCAGCCCCGGAUUGCCGAGCUCACCAAGGCCCAUUGACAGACCUCUGGGUUCGCCAAUGCCGAGGAUCAAGUCGCCCGGUUUACCGACCUCUCCGAGAAUGAGUGCGAUAGCUCCGGCUCCUUAUGGGCCCGGCACUCCUCGCAUGAGCGUGCCCAUGGGUGCUAGCAUGCCGCCUAGGCCGCCGGAUCACAGCGGGCACGAGAAAAAUGCUUCGGCGGGUAGUUUGUCAAGUGUCGGUGGUUUCACGAAGCCCGGGUCUCUCGACGGAUUGAGUAACCUCCUUAUCCUACCUUCGGCCAUUCCGUCUGUGGAUUCCCGCGUAGUAUCUUCCAGGAUGAAGCCCGCUAGAGCUAGUAUGAUGCCCGGAAGCAAGCCCCGGCCGCUGAGCGAGGAUUCCGUAUUUACACUCGGGGUAUUUUCUCGGGCAAAUGGGAAGGAACUAUUACGUGUCGAAAAGGACGUUGGGGCUUUGCCUGCUCUGGAUUCACGGUUGAGGAAUUACAUCGCCUAUAACGUUAAAGUCCCCGAUAGGGGUCUUUUCUCUGGGCAUGCUCCAGCUAAGAUUGAUGCCCGAAGAAAUGCAAUUGACGAAUACUUUGCGGGAGUCUUGGGCGCCACCAUGGACGAACGUGCGGCGCUGGCGCUGUGUGAGUUCUUCUCGACGGACGUAGUGGAUAAUAGCGUUGGCCGGGAUUCGACUCCGAUAUUCAAGGACGGAAGCGGCACGGUGUGCACGAACCAGGAUGGGAAGCCGGUGAAGGAGGGGUAUUUGACGAAACGCGGCAAGAACUUUGGCGGGUGGAAGGCGCGGUAUUUCGUGCUCAACGGCCCGGUGCUGAAAUAUUAUGAAUCUCCGGGGGGAUCGCACUUGGGACAGAUCAAGCUACAGAAUGCUCAGAUUGGACGCCAAUCGCAGAAUCAGAAGGUCAAGGAAACGUCGGAUGGUGUGAAUGACGCGGACAAUCAGUACCGACAUGCAUUCUUAGUGUUGGAGCCCAAACGCAAGGAUUCGUCGACCCUGGUCCGUCAUGUUUUAUGUGCCGAGAAUGACGCCGAGAGGGAUGAAUGGGUAGAGGCUUUGAUGCAGUAUGUGGAUAAGGGAGGGCCAGAUGACGAUGCUCAUUCUACGAUGUCCCAGGUUUCCCAGUCCUCGACGACGACUGGUCGGGAGGCAAAGAAGAAGCGGUACGGGCAAAAGCACAAGGAUAGCAAAGAGAAGAACGGUGAUGAUUGCCUGCAAGCGGUGAGUUAUGAGGAGACUGUCUCUGGGGUGGCACCCGCUCGAGGCCCUACACCGGAGGAGCUCAAUAGGCUGCGCAAUACUCCCUCGCCUCAGGACUCGGGCGCACAUUCAUUAUCGACAUCGCAAUCCACCCCUGUUCUCAGCAGCCACCACCUGGAGAAUAGACCGAUGGUUGGACCGGUCCCGGAUAGGGGCCCAGUAACCUCCAAGCAGAUUUCCGGGCCAACGAACGGAUCCGUCAUCUCGGAUCUCGCUGCGUGGGGGUCGAAGUUCUCGGCGCCCACUAGUCACGCGGAGCAGAAAUCAGCAAAGAAGAGGAGCAUUUGGGGAUUCCGACAGCGCUCUUCUUCGGACCUUACCAACCAACCUCAAGCUGCGCUGCCUCAACAGGCCCAUGAGAGGAUACCUGUUUCUCGCAGCGUCUUUGGAGCUCCGUUGGAAGAGGCGGUUCAUUUGAGCAAGCCGAUGGGAGUGGACGUUCAUCUACCCGCGGUCGUUUACCGGUGUAUUCAGUAUUUGGAUGCUAAGGAUGCCGCGAGCGAAGAGGGUAUUUUCCGAUUAAGUGGCUCGAAUGUUGUUAUCAAGGGGCUUCGAGAACGUUUUAACACUGGUAUGUUGCAGAAGCGGCAAAUGUGUUGCAAUAGGGCUAAUCGGGUCUAGAAUCGGACUAUAACCUUCUGGACAACGACGAGUAUUACGAUGUUCACGCCGUGGCUGGCCUAUUGAAACUGUAUCUUAGAGAACUCCCAACAAAUGUCCUGACGACGGAACGAAGGGAGGACUUUGUCAAAGUCACUGGUAUGCAUUCUCUCACUCGGCUUUCAGCCGCGAUACUAACGCUCUGUAGAAAUGGACGACAAGGCAGCUAAGAUCGCGGCCCUAAACGAGCUGGUUCAUACACUGCCUAUUGAGAACUUUGAACUCUUGAGGGCGUUGUCGGGCCACUUGAUCCACAUUGUUGAGAACUCGGAUAUAAACAAGAUGACUAUAAGAAAUGGUAACCCUCCUAACUCCUGUCUUGUAGAUGGAUGAGAGCUGAUUUCUCUUACAGUUGGAAUUGUUUUCUCCCCAACUCUCAACAUACCAGCUCAAGUUUUCAGUAUGUUCCUCCACGAAUACAACCACAUCUUUGUCCGCCCGGAAGAGGGCAACCUUGAAGCCCUCCGCAGCCACUAUCCAAAACACCCACACCAGAACCCCCCGUCUACCCCAUCUCCCGUCUCCCCACGUAGCCCAUACCCCACACCCACCGACCGCCGCCCCUCGACAACCGGAUCGCUCCUCAACCCCAAAAACCCCAACGCAGCCCCCUUAACCCCAGGAAUGCGCUCCCCACUGCCACCGUCGCGCCCAGCGCCCCAGGAUCCGCCCAUUACCCCGAAACCACAACUCGCCAGUUACGAGCCCACCUACGAGACAGUUGUUACCCCUACGCCAACGACGCAACCGGCGAUGGGGUUCCCGGCGCCACCACCUAUGCUUGGGGAUGGCCCUGGCGGUAACGGGCCCAGCGGAGCUAAAGCAAGGAGGAGAGAGAGCAGUAUGAUGUUCAUGAUGGGUAGGAAGGGGUAUAAUCGUGGGCCGAAUAAUGGCGGGAGCAGUAAGUCACUCUUUAUUGAUUGUUUAGCUUGGAUCGGUGUACUAACAGCCGCAAUAGCAAUGGUGAUGGAAGAUAGUGUUUAUGAGUGA